AUGCGCCAACUUACCUAGGUAGGUACUAGGUAUAGUAGGUACUAUGUAUGACCUCAGCAUACGUCAUGGCGUACAUACCUACAUAUCACAGAAUGUACACCAUAAAUACAUCUUCUUCAUUGAUUUAUUAGUACUCAACCUUGAACUCCUUCUACUGCUGUACCGAAUCUCACAAACAGAUCAAAACAACUCCCUACAUCUAAUAUGACUGAUCAAACACCACCAAACUUGAGUCAAAAUGGCCAAGUACAAAAAGCUAUGGACGAGAUAUCCUUAGCACAAGAUAACACUACUACUCAGUCGGAACUCGGGGCUAAUCUGGACCAAAACGACGAGGCGCUUAAGGACAAAGUUGACGGCGCAAUAACAAAAGGGCCCAAGAAGGCCGACGAAACUACUGGUGGCCGAGUCCAGGUUGCUGAAACGGGCGAUUUACAUGAUCUGGCUGCGAAGAGACAGUCUUGAAGAAUGGGGGGCGGGAUAAAAAAAGGGGGGGAACAAGGAAUGAAACCGACAAGCUUUUUCGGGGUCUCGAGUAAUAGAUUUAUGGCACAAGUUCAGCGAGUCAAUUCUCUUAAAUAACAGGUACAUAUUAGUGUAGUAAAAUAAGCCCAACUAUUGAUAUAACAUAGUGUAUAACAGAGACUUAUAUAGAGAGAGAGAAUAGUUGUAAUAAUAACCCUAAACU